AUGGCAGAAAAGAAUGAGACCACAGUGACUGAGUUUCUCUUCCUGGGACUCACGGAUCAUCUCCUUCAGAAGAUUGUUCUUUUCAUUACAUUUCUCUUUAUCUAUCUUCUGACCCUGGGGGGUAACUUGGGCAUGAUCAUUCUCAUAUGGGUGGAUCCCAGGCUGCACACACCUAUGUACUUUUUUCUUAGCCACUUGUCCUUUGUAGAUGUCUGCUCCUCUUCUUCUAUAGCUCCUAAGAUGGUGUGUGAUAUCUUUGCAGAGAAAAAAGCCAUCUCUUUUGUGGGCUGUGCAGCACAGAUGUGGUUCUUUGGUCUCUUUGUGGCAACCGAGUGUUUCCUCCUGGCUGCAAUGGCAUAUGAUCGGUAUAUAGCCAUUUGUAAGCCCUUGCUGUAUACUCUUAUUAUGUCCCAGCAUGUCUGUGUGCAGCUGGUUAUUGGGCCUUAUGCCAUAGCUCUUGUAAGUACAAUGACACAUACAACUUUAACUUUUUGCUUACCAUUCUGUGGUCCAAAUGUUAUCAACCACUUCUUCUGUGAUAUUUCCCCAUUGUUUUCCCUAGCAUGCUCUGACACCUAUAAAAAUAAGUUGGUGCUCUUUGCCUUCUCUGGAGCAAUAGGAGUGCUCAGUGGUCUGAUCAUCAUAGUCUCCUACAUCUGCAUACUGAUGGCUAUCUUGAAGAUCCAAACUGCCAAAGGGAGGCAGAAGGCCUUCUCUACUUGUUCUUCUCACCUGGCAGCUGUCUCCAUCCUGUAUGGGACUCUCUUCUUCAUCUAUGUUCGACCAAGUGCAACUUCCUCCCUGAAUAUCAAUAAAGUGAUUUCUUUAUUUUAUACUGUGAUGAUUCCCACGUUAAAUCCCCUCAUCUACAGUUUGAGGAACAAGGAGGUGAAAGAUGCAUUCAGGAGAACAUUGGAAAGGAAGCACUUGAUAAUAGGUGUUUAA